CUAAAUUGCUUAGUCAUCGUUCAUGUAAACCUACACCGUAUAUCUGGAAUAUGUGAAUACUGUACAGUAACUACUUCCUAAAUAUCCGCAGCCAUGGCUAAGGCCCGCGUCAAGGUCGACGCGGAUGACGUAGCUCAACCUCGCGCAUCUCUCCGACGCAGCACGCGGAAUAGUAGCAAAGGCGGAGGGGAUGUACUUAUCAAGCACGAAGAUAUUCCAGCAACAACGCUGGUUGCGCCGGUGCGCCGGAGUAAGCGGCCCAGAUCUGCUGAGGAUGAGACCGUGAAAGCUGAGCCUCCAACCAAGAUCGCGAAGAGGUCGUCCUCCUCUUCACCCUCUGCUUCUCCCGUCUCAUCGCGGGUUAAAGUUCAAACCGAGGCACCUAGCCCGAAAAAGAAGCAUGCUAGAAGCGUAAAAGCGGAAAAAGGGGCCGGCGGCAAAGAGAACAACAACAACAACAGCAGUGACAAAGCAGCAGAUCUCCGAGCGAAGAAGCUCAAAUCGUACACGCAGUUCGCGAACAAAUCGCCCUUCCCGGACUUCGCGCGCCCGUCGCCCGAGGAAUGCGAGCGCGCGUACGGGGUCCUGGCCGCGCUGCACGGGGAGCGGCGACGGCCGGAAAAAGUCGUCAGCGCGCCGGCGGACCGCGCGGGGUGCGGCGACGCGCCGAGCGUGCUGGACGCGCUCGUGCGCACUAUCUUGUCGCAGAACACGAGUAACCGGAACAGCACGCGCGCGAAGCUCGACAUGGACGCCGUGUACGGCGGCGGCGAGUCCGAGGAGCGGUGGGAGCGGAUCGCGGCCGGUGGGGCGGCGAAGCUGGAGAAGGCUAUUGCGAGGGGUGGGUUGGGAGGCGUGAAGAGUCGCGCUAUUGUUGAGAUCUUGAGGCAGGUUAGGGAGAGGUAUGGGAAGUACUCGCUUGAUCACCUGCUGUUAAGGACUACUGAGGCGGAGGAGGAGGGUGGUGGUGAUGAGGAGGCUAUGCGCGAACUUAUCUCGUUUAAGGGCGUGGGACCUAAGACGGCGAGCUGUGUGCUGUUGUUCUGCGUCGGCAGGGAUUCAUUCGCCGUCGAUACGCAUGUGCACCGGCUUACGGGGAUGCUGGGGUGGCGGCCGGCGACGGCGAGCCGCGACGAGACGUUCGCGCAUCUCGAUGUUAGGAUCCCGGAUCAGCUCAAGUACGGGCUGCAUGUGCUGUUCGUCGAGCACGGGCGCAAGUGUCCCGAGUGUAAGGCUGGCGGGAAAGUGCUUGGGAAGUGUGAGCUUAGGAAGGCGUUUAAGCGCGGGAAAGUCAAGGUCGAGGGUCAGAUGGAGGAGGGAGAGGUGGACCGGGUUAAGAAGGAGGAGGAAGAGGCAGAGGAAGAAGAGGAAGAAAAAGGAGCGAAGCUUGAGUCGACUACGGAGUGAAUUGGCGAUGGAUGUAAACAUAGACUGUACUUAUAUGUU